AUGGCCUUUAAGCAGUCUAUUCUAGUAGCAGGCUCAAUAAUUUUGGACCAGUCCCAUCAGAAGUGUUUGCUUGUAAAGGCCUGGAGGGGUAAUUCUUGGAGUUUUCCUAGAGGAAAGAGGGAGGAUUCUGAUGAAUUAGAUCACAUAUGUGCUAUUAGAGAAUUAAUGGAAGAGGUGGGAUAUGAUAUAAGUGCCGUCUUGAAUAAAAAUGACUUCAUUGAGUAUUAUGAAGAGAAGAAACGAGUGGUUAUGUACAUUAUCAAAGGAGUGAAUGAGAAUUUUUCUUUUGAACCAAGGACGAAGAAGGAAGUGAGUGAAAUUGGUUGGCAUCCACUUUCAGUCAUGAGAAAGAGGCCAACAGGAUCACCUUCAGGAUUUGUUAUUGGUCUCGAAAUAGGGACAGAUAAUUUUGUAUACAGAGAGCAUUUCUUUUUAGAUUUGCCUCCAAAAAUUGAUGAAUAUGAAUCUUGUUUAUAG